GCCUGUCAGUUCCCGACGUGCAGAGCAGCUGAGAGGAAGCUGCUGUGGAGGGAGCUGGUGCAGGGGCGCAGGAGCAGCUUAUCCAUCAGUCUCUGCACGAUCGGUCCUUUCCCCUUCCUUGCUCCCCUGUGUCCCCCCUCUGCGCCUGGCGGGGAAUCUGGCACAUGAAGCUCCCACAAGCCUCAAUGUCUCCGAGAACGAAGCUGCUGCUACCAGACAUCUGAGAGCCAAGCCAACGGGAUCUAACCCACAGGAGAGGAUUAAGUGGAUGUUGCAUGGUGCAUAUCCUCCUUAUGCUGCACUGAGGCUCGCUCACUGGGGUCACAGCACAUUUUGCACUUCUUUCUCUGUCGGUAAUAUUUAUUAUCUGCAGCAAAAUACACCACUGGAUACGUGAAAGGCUUGCGGCUCCUUACCUUUGGGGAAUAUACAUCUAUAUAUUUUGCUUUUUUGUCAUUUCUGCUGGCCAAUUGAUUUGUGUGGAGUUUACAAGAAUGGUAACAAAGACAUUAUUCUUCCGUGCAUGUUAAUAUUUGAAUUCAUUUUUGUAUUGUUUUUUGCUCUCUAAUAUAUAUUUUCUGCUGUCAUCGUGAUAUGAAAACGCUGCCCCUGAGGCUUGAAAAUAAAUUGAAUUUUCACUGCUAAGAAGAAAAAAAUAAAGAUUAAUAAGACACGGAGGCUCUGAUCUUUCAAGAAUUGGAGUGGUCCUGUAUUUUUUAAUUUUUUAUAUACAGCUGAUUUGUUCUCUUAAUUUGAAGGGUUUCUCUGAUCAGCCUGGAAAAUAUUCUAUUGAAGCUUUAGAUCCUUUUAUUUGUAUUUAUGGUUUAUUUGAUGCCUGGAUUAAUCCUACCAACUUCAGCUCAAUGCAAAAACAAUACAUGACACUUAAGAUUAUUAAUGUUUUGUAAAGACUUGUAUCAGCCUAAACUCUUUUUAUGUUGAUUCACAUCUCAAGGCUUUUUGUUCUUUUUUCACUGUCGUUUGCUGGAAGAUUAAGGGUUUUAAAGGAGCAAUUUUAAAGACCUUAUGGCUUGGAUUGUGUUUUAGAGUCUUACAAAGACUUUUUUUUUUUCUGGAUCAAAGGCACUAAAGCAGAAAAAUACUCAAGAUUUAUGAGCAGUGAUUCUCAGAGUUGAUUGCACACAAGCCAUAUUGCAGUCUCAUUCAGCGGCUGUCCAUGGAGCACUGUGAUCUUUAAUUAUGAUCAUACUUGUGUGACCAUCUGCCUAGGUGACCAUAAGCUCCUGUAACUAUGUUGGCCUGUCUUCAGAGAACACAGAAUCCUCCAGUAAAGCACCUUGUAUGUGCAAAUAAGGGGCUGGAACCUCGAAAGUGUGAAACCGUUACACCAAUGCAGACCACAAGAUAUCCAAGCCCUGCUGAAUUAGAUGCCUACGCACAAAAAGUAGUUAACAGCCCACUGACUAUCAAGAUCUUCCCCACAAACAUCAGGGUUCCCCAGCACAAGCACCUAAAUCGGACUGUAAAUGGUUAUGACACAACAGGUCAACGUUACAGCCCUUACUCAAUACACACAAGUGGCUACCAAGGCCUGCUUGCUAUUGUGAAAUCUUCUAGUAAGAGUGUUGUAAAAAAUGUAGAGGGAAAACGGACUAAGAUUUCUUCUGCACAGGUUGGCAUUGCUCCCUACCCGAUGUCAAGCACUUUAACACAAGGUCAACCUUGCAAUGGACAAUUGAGUUAUCUUAUGAAUCAGAAGCAGUUGGAUGCACCAGUGCCACCCAAUGUAACAGUGGCAACAUCAGUCAUUCCUUUAGCAGGUAGAAAUUUAAUACUCCCACAGUCCAACCUGCCCUCUAUUCAGAGCAUAAUUUACCAGAUAAACCAACAGUGCCAGGCUCAGGCUUCUCACCAGGCUUGUCAAGGAGUAGUAGUUACUAAUUCUAGCCCAGCUAAGCAAGGGAUUGCCAAUGGUUUUACUGCUAUGGCCGGUGGUACUGUGGCUUACACAGGCACUGUCCUGCAAGACUGUAGAGGAGGCACUGAGUUGGCAUUGGGGUCUGCCCCAAUGAUAAGUAAAGCUGGAUCUUAUCAGGAUGGAAUGGACUACCUUAUUUGGCAACAGAAACAGCAGCAACAACUCCGGAUCUACAGUGGAGGCAGUGGUGGAGGAGGCGCUGUUAGCAAAUCACCGGAAGUUUGCCCUGGAGUGUCACGCCCUUAUACUCUUGCUAGUGCCGUUGAGAAAGUCAGCUCCUCCCCAUUGAACUGUGUUGGCAUGCAUGGUAAUUUUUCUGUUGGGCAGUACUUUGCCCCUCCAUGGAACAGUAUCUUGGUCACUCCCACCAGCGACUGUUACAAUCCCCAGGAACUUGCCAAUGGUCACAGGGAUUUGGGAGUGCACCCAUCUGAUGGACUAACCAGUAUCCCCAGCAAGACCCUUUGCAAUACCUCUAUCCUUAGCAGUAGCCUUCAGUCUUUGGAGUAUCUCAUCAAUGACAUUCACCCUCCCUGUAUUAAGGAGCAAAUGCUUGGCAAGGGCUAUGAAACAGUGUCUGUGCCAAGGCUUCUUGAUCAUCAGCAUGCCCACAUCCGUCUGCCCAUCUACAGAUAAAGUUACUUGCUCUUUUCUAUGUAAAGGUGGCCAACACUGGUUCUGUACACUAGGUUCUGCUACUUAGCCUAAGAAGGCAUGUUUUAUAAGCAAAGAGGCUGUAGGAAAUCUUCACUCCUUUAAAGCCUGAGUUCAUAGCAUUACGAGUCCUUCUGACAGCAAAACGGUUACUGUUUUUUAUUUCAGGUAGGGCUGCCUCUGCUCAUUUGGCGCUUUAUUUUUUUUCUGGCAAGUGAAUGGGAGAUAAAAGCUCGAUCUAAGCAAAAGUUAUUUUCCCCCAGUCUUAUGCCAUUACCGUGGAAGAGCUAUUGGUUAAACCUAUUCUGAAUGCUUGAUUUAAUUCUCCAAUUUAUUUUAUUGCUGAUUUUAUAAAUCCAUGAACUCCUGAUAUUUGUUUUCAGAUCUACAAAUUAUAGUCUGAAUGCAGCAACAUUUCUCACAUUUGUGGCAAAAAAUGAAAGUUAGCACUAGAGUAGGUAUUUAUUAUUGUGAUAAAUCAGAGGAUGGGUCUUUUUUUAUUUUACUUGUUUAUCCCCAUCAACUGCCAAUAAGUCUGAUCUCAUUGUGUAAGUGGGCCAGAUCAUCACUAAAAAUUCAAAAUGAUCAUUUCUAGAUUUGACAUCACCUGUCGCCAUAAAGUAACAUUCUCUAAUCCUAACAUGUUAUAUUUUUUCACCUGGAGUUUCUUCAUUUGUUGGCUAUGAAAGUGUAAUUACUGAAGCUGUAUCUUGUCUUUAGUCAGCACACUUCUUUACUUGUCACUCUUUGAUAUUUUCAAGAUACUCAUUUAAGUGAGGUUUAUUCCUCAGACAUCUUUCAAUACUAUAAGGGCCAUUUUGUCAGAUACACUGUCACAUGUUAAAGAAGAACCCCACUGAAAAUUAUAUUUUUUUGGUAAAAUCUAUCUCCCCCAAAUAGCUGAAAUAUAGGAGUACCGUAUCUAACACCCCACUCUGCUCUCUGCUCCCACUUGGCCUUGAUCAAAGGUUAAGGCUGAACAUACUCCAAUAAAUACUGGCAGUAGGACAAACUUUUAAUAAGGCGCCAUAAGAUUGGGCUCUCGGGAAUGAUGGGAUGCCAGACACCAGUCGCCCACAGUGCUGCUAGCUGCCGGAAAUAAGUUAUACAGUUAAAAUAAUUCUUUAAGGGUCCAUCCACAUCCCCAUAAUUGCCACAUUCAUCUGUGACUCUUGUGUGAUUGGCAGUUUCUUCCAAACCAAAUAAAGCAUGGUAUAUUGUUAGCUGUAAAAUAAAGGACACAUUAAUGUGACCUAAAGAACUACUAAGCCAAAAAUACAAGUUGCCUUCUAUAAAAGAGCCACUAGGAUCACUCACAGAUAUAUAUGCACAUUUUUUAGGUGCAUAUCAGAAUAUUACGUGAUGUGAUCAGAAGGGAACAUUUUGGCACAAUAGCAAUGAAAACAUUUUGCUUAAUUUGAAGGGAAAUGCAUAUGCUAGACGUACAUGUUGCUAUCUCAUUAGGGUUAUGUCUGCCUCACAUUUACCUGUCCUAAGCCAUCUUCUACAGAGCUUUGUUGUGAGAGAAUUCUCACAUUGUUAAGGCUGAAAGGUGGUCUUUGGGACAUAAGAGAAUUAUGGGAUAAAGUAGCUACAAUACCAUUGUAUGGCAUUGUCAUAAACUCACUUUCAUAAUGAGACACACACACACACACACACACACACACACACACACACACACACACAUUCCAGGGAGCCCAAUUAAUGCAUUAAUGCAGUUGUAUGCUAACCAACCACACAUACUGUUAGAUCUUGUUCAUCCAAGCAACUGUCCCGGUCACUGGUGCUUGUUUUGGGCCCAUAUGUGAAGCAUUUGCUGACAAUGUGGUAUAAAGCUGCUGCAUUGUGCUGUGUAUACCACUACAAAAACUAGCACAGUAGUCUUAAGGUGUUUUUGGGAAGACACUCAGGUCACACUCAUGGACACCGAAGUGGCUGAUAACAGAAAACAACUGCAUAUUUAAAUACAAUCUCAGCUCUGUUAUGGUAUAGAAACAAUCCUAUAUCUCUGUCUUAUGCGUAAACAUUUUUAUGUUGGAUCAACUUGUAUUUUAGUGCUAGUGGCCCUUUAAAUGUGAUCCCUUUAAUAGAUUAGCAUAUUGGAAAUCGUUGUAAUGCUGGCCACUCACUGCGUUAUCUCAGCCGAUUUCAGGGAAUUGGCCUGAUAUUGCAAUAUGUGUACCACAAAAAACAUAACGCAACGCCUGAUAAUCACUUUAAAAUUGACUGGAUCACUUCUGACAUGUAGGUAAAUAUGGUUAGAAAAUGAGCAUUAUUGGCCUGGUGCCACCUAACCGGCCUUGAAGUGAUCCUACCAUUCAGCCCUAGGUACCAAAUGGCCAGGUCUAGUCCAGCUUGGCCACCAACUUAAUCUGCUCUUAGACCCGGCUACAUGCUAUAUGUGUGACCAGCUUAUUGUACUUAUACAUUUACCAGGUAAAGGGAGCCUAGUGCCUUGAAAGCUUGCAGUGACUUUCAGUAUACAUUGCUUUUAAAUCACUAAUACUGCUUUCUUUAUAUUUUCUUUGAAAUGCUAAUACAUAAGGUAAAUCACAUACACAUAUAUCUUGCAGGACAAUAUCUUAGUUAAUGAGCUCUAAAGAUUAGUAAAAAAAAAGUAACGUAUACAAAGUAAUGGUUACGAAUACAGGUACAUAAAUACAUUUACAUGUUAACCCCACGAAGUCUUGGAAAUAGCACUGGAAUGCACUGUCCUUUCAUGCUCACACCUUAUCCGUGGUCUCCGGGAAUGAAAAUGAACUAUUUAUGGAAACUGCUUUCAACAGCGUUGUGUUUUGAUAUGUAUGCAUUUCAAAUACAACUCUGUAAUAUAUUUUCAUAUCAAAGCCUCCAUUUCUGAGGGCACGGAUUGAAGAAAAAGUUGGAGCCAGCUAACCCCAGGAGAUAAGGUCAUUAAUACGAAUAGGUAGAAUUACUAAAAUUUGUAAAAAGAAAAAGUGGAGUUGUUGCCUCUAAUAACCAGAUUCCUGCUACCAUUUAUCUAGUAGACUGUAGAGAACAGUAGCUACACUCUGAUUGGGUGCUGUGGACAACACCUCCACUUUCCAUUUUUAGACGUUUUAGUAAAUCUACCCUUGUCCUUGUUUCAUAGAUGCCUUAUUUCAAUAAGGCAAAACUGGUAUUAAAUCUAAAAAGUAUGUAAUAAUAGUCCUAAUUGAUUUUGUUUCAUUUUUGUUUCCUCUAUAGCUGCCUGAUUUACCCACAAUGCAUUUCAGACAUCCAUGACAGUAAAAGGAUUUAUUUAUCGAUACUUUUUAUUAUUGACCUUUUACAACAUGUUUUCCACUAGAUCUGUGAUGCUUUUAGCCAAGCAAAUUCAAACCUUACAACAUGGAAAAAAUAUGUGCAAAGAAUGUGAAUGAGGGUUAAGCCUACAUAGUUGCUGCUAUUUUGUAAACAACUGAAUAAAUACAUUUCUCUUCUGUUCUGAAACAUAAAAAUAAUCUCUUCUGCUCUGAAAAAAAGUAUGUGUGUAUAGUAAAUACAUACACUUUUUAUUUUUCAGAGCAGAAUGGAAAUGUAUAUAUAAUUCCAAAAUUGUAUAUAAUCAUACAAAUGUCGCUUUACUGAUUUAAAUUUAAAGUUUGCUUAUCUGCCAAAGAUUUUGGCAGAAAAUGGGUUAAUUAAGCAAAAAGUGGUAACGUGAUUUUUUUUUUUUAGUCCAUUACUUGCACUAGUAAAAAAAAAAUGAAAAAAGUAGAACUGAAGAGAGGAUGCAGAAGGAUAUUUAAAGUAAACACAAAAUAAUUUAAAAAAAAAACUUGAAGACUUGAAAAUAAUUUUUGUAGUGUGAUGAUAAUGUAUAAUUUACUUGUUGGCUGCUAAACAAAAAAUACUGAAAACAUUUCCUCAUAUCCCAUGCUUUUUUGUUUUGUUUUGUUUUGUUUUAUAUAUUUUUUUUUCUUUUGCUUGAGAAUAGUCUUUAUAUUGUUUUUAAUGCUAAUUUUUCCUACAGUAUGUCAGAUUAAAUUUCAGUUGUUUCAUUCCUGGACUGAUCUAUUUGUUUAAAAUUGACAAUAAGUUUUAAAAUUAGAAGCUUGUUGAUGUUCGAUCCCUGAAUUUGGAUUUCUUUGCUGUUUUCCAUUCCAACCGAUUUUACACCAUUUAGAGCCACCUAUUGCACUGAUGCAUCCUGUGUGUGUCGGUAUUUACAGUGCUCAAAAAGAAGGAUUAUUUGAAACCUGAAUAAAAAAAUCACCUAAUAAAACUUGUUGCUAACAAUGCAUAAUUAGGCCUAAUUGUUAGUGCAUUUGCUCAUUAUAAAAAUGUAUAAAAAGGUCACCCUGUACAUUUGCAUAAGUUGUGUAUUUCUUUGACGUUGCAGCUAUCUUGCCCUCAUGGCUCUUUCUGCCUGGAAAGGCGGACCAGAGGCAUUAUGUGCAAGUGCAGUACUGUAAAGAUGUACACAUGCACAUAAAGGGUUACAUUCAGUUAGCCACGGAAGCCACCAAAACAGCUUCCGGCCGCUUUGUGCGAUAUGUGAUGGAAGGCUUACUGUGCUUGCAGCCUGUGCAGGUGUGAGCAGAAUCAUCCUAGCAUAACAGCAGAUAAGUGCACAAUACAAACUGCUGACUUCUACUUCUCAGAACUCCUCUUUCAAAUCUGUCUUAUUUAUCCACUUUAAAAAAGUAGUGGAGGGAAGAGAGGACCAACGCAAGCCGUAAUCUCUUGCUUUAUUCGCUAUUUGGCUGGCGCUGAGACCAAUCAGUUAUUUUAAGGAUAAGCUUAGUAGGAUGUCAGGUUGACUUCAUAGUCGGUAGUGUAGUUUUAAGUUAUGUCUCUCAAUUUAUAGGCAUGACAAAGCAAGUGUACAGAUACAUCUUUGUAUCUUUAUGCCACCCUAAUUCCCACCUAAGUAUAUGAUAACCACUGACUUGGGAGAUCAUUUUAAGUAUAGCUACAAUGGAUAGUGAGGGUGAGGAAUCACAAUAUGUAAUUCACUGAAAAUCAACAGUCAUUUUAUAUAUGCCCGCUCCUAUUAGCUGAGUGUAAAUAUGGAGGUGGAUCUUCCUGAUAUUUACUUCAUGAAAUACUUCUUACAUGAUUGAUUCAGUCUAGACCUUGACUUUCUUUCUGUAACCUCCUCCUACAGUAGUUACCGCCUCUUACAAUGAGCUCUCUAAACCCUCCAUAAGAACAUAUACACAUGCUUUAUGCACUUAACCCAAUCUGAGCUUAAAAAAAUCAUUGGGUCAAAUUAGAUUUUUUGUUCUUCUUACCACUUCCCCAACACUCACAAAAUAAGAAACCGCAGGUGCACUAAGAACACUGGUAAUCAGAACAAUUAUAAUAAACUCUACAAUUUAAUAUGCAGUGAAAUUGCAGUUUUAGCACAGUAUUGCCAAAAAUGUGGCCCAACAUACCGCGGCCAUGUGACUUCAUCAGGUGAUUCCCUAACAUCCCUAAUACUGACAUAUACAUUUAUCAAAAAUAUAAUAGUGCUAAGAACCUCAAUUUCACUCCAUGUUACAUUGUAGAGUUUAUGAUGAUUGUUCUAAUGAUUGCUCUAAUUAGUUCUUAGAGUGUGUACCUGCAUGUUCUUUUCUUUUUUCCUGCUUGGUACUACAAGUCUCAGCAAGGUAGCACCUCUUAUGUAUAAAAUAGGGUGCGCAGUCCAGCCCCUCCCCCUUUUUACUCUGUAAUCGUGUAUGUAUGUACACUUGAAGGUAGAGAUGUCUCCUGCUUAGACUAGCACCCCACCCACUUGCUCUUAUGGGCUUUUAAUUAGUAUGGUUCCUUGCAUUUGCUAUCUACAUAUUAGAAGGGCUCUAUGAUAGGUGAAACCUGGAUACAUUUACUAAGUAUGUCAGUAUUAGGGAUGUUAGGAACCCACCUGAUGAGCCCCCCCCCCCCUUCAGUUCCCCAACAAUUCCUUUGAGACUGUAUCAGUACCAUUGUAGGUUUAAGUAGCACUUGUGUGGCCCCAAUUAGCUUCACUUUCUGCUUUAUCUGCUGGCUGGGUUUGGAGACAUGGCAGCAUUGUGCAUGUCCAGACUGAAUUAUUUUUAUUAUUAUUAUUAUUAUUAUUAUUAUUGUUAUUAUUUUUGAUUUUAUAAUAAUUGAAAGGGGUGAAUAAACAUGGCUACCCCUAUAUCUUACUUACUAACUACAUUUUGCAUUCAGUUUUAAAAGAGAAUUACAGAAGAGUAUUUAUUUCCUUACUCCUUCUUAGUUUCCAUCUGUACAGAUGUAACCAUGCUCAUUCAUACUGCGAUGCGCUAGUGUACCCGUAUAUGAGACACAGGCAGGCAUAAUUCCUAUGGGUUGCCCCGUCACAGUCUGGCAAAUAACGCAGCAUGCCGCUAUGCAUAUGCCCGUGUAUAGGUAUUGCGGCAACAAAGAGCGUGGCUGCAUCUGUAGGUGACACUGUGAUUUCCACAAUCUUCAGUAUUUCCCAUCUACUACAGCAUAGCCUCCUUCACUGUGUCUUUAGCUUUCAACAUAUUUCUACUUUUAUUUGCUCCUCAUUCCUAAAUCUAACACCAACAUUCAUACAGUAGAAUUUAUAUCAAACUGUUAGACAGCUGCUAACUUAAAACACUUCUGAAAAUGAGUAACUAAAUAUGUAUAAUUUGCCCUUUUAUUUACUUGCCUCUCACAUAUUUAAUAAUGUAGAACUUCAAGUCCAUAAUACAUGAACAACACAUAAAAGUGGACAGAGAUGUAUAGGUUGGAGGUUUGCUCUCUUCUAUAUUAUGCCACUGUGAAUCCUACAAUCUGCACUACAGUUGUCAAAAGCUCAAUAAAUGAACAUGUACCUUCUGAUGUUGAUUUCCCAGAGUAAAAUUGAAAUCUUAUUUGAA